AUGGGUGAUAAAGACGAUUAUUUGACUUCUUAUCGGGUGUUUUUUGAGAAUUUCGCGGCUACUGUGGAUCCCGAGGACCAAUUACCUGUGAACAUAGCAGGGUACACGAUUACGGAGUCUGAGUUGCCGGGAGAAGUGAUUUAUUGGACCACACAGUAUUUAACCGAAAAACAAUGUCCUCUUACGCUGAUGACUUAUCUUCAGCGAAUAAUACUUGACGAGGUGCGGAUCGCAUCUAAAAAACAUCCCAACGAAUUCGGUUACAACUCUGACGAUUCAGAGUUCAUAGCCCUCCGAUUAAUGCAAGCGGUGACAGCACGCGUCAACGAUGUGUGCUUACGGUAUCUGGACAACGCCCGCCUGGACACGCUCCCGCCGCCCCCACCACAGUCGUUCAAAGAGUACAAAACAGUGUCUUCCGCCACCAAGAACUCGCGGAGAGUUAUGGAAGAUAGACAUGUCGAGAUUGGUAACCUGGAAGCAUUGUUUGGCAUUGAGACGACAGAACCCACCAGCUUCUACGCAGUGUACGACGGCCAUGCAGGGUCCGCGGCGGCGACAUAUUGCGCCGCGCAUCUUCACCAGUACUUAGUAGAAAGCCCCCACUUCACGAGAGACCUGAGACAGGCCACGCACGACGCCUAUUUGCGUACAGACGCUGAAUUUAUACGAAAGAGUAAUCAAAAGAGGGCAUCAGGUGGCAGCACGGCGGUAUCGGUGGCAGUGCGCGGGCGACGCUUGGUGGCGGCGUGGGCGGGCGACUCGCAGGCACUGCUCGCAAAGCGCAUGCGCCUCAUGCAGCUGGUAAACCCGCACAAACCAGACCGGCUGGACGAAAAAGAACGAAUAGAGUCGUCGGGGGGCACAGUAAUGUACUGGGGCACUUGGCGAGUCAACGGACAACUGGCAGUUUCCCGUGCCAUAGGAGACGCACAAUACAAACCCUACGUGACGGCGCGGCCCGAAAUAGCAGUGGUGGAGCUGGAUGGCGACGAGGACUUUGUGGUGGUGGCGUGCGACGGUCUGUGGGAUGUGCUCAGUGAAGACGCCGUGGCGUUGUCCGUCUACAAACAGAUCAUCAACGACCCAGAUGACUUGAAAGCGGUGCCCAAGAAUCUGGUAAGGCAGGCGAAGAGGGACGGUUCCGAGGACAAUAUCUCAGUAAUCGUGGUGUUCCUGAAGGACCCGCGUGAUAUCGUCGCCGAUAACUACCCGCCCAUGGACCUUGGGCUGGAUAACGCGGUGGUGAACGUACCACCGUUCGCCUUGGAGAAUGAAGCCUGCAAAACGGUCGUGGUCGAGACUGGGGCCGCAAACUGUGCUGAGGGAGGUGACAACGGUGUCUCGGACAGCGACAGUGAUGACCUGGGGCCAGAAACUGCGGUAGACGCCGACCUGGAUGUAGAUGACGACGCCGAACUGCGAGAUGAGCCAGCCCCUCCCACGCCGCCUGCACAUGCGGUGGAAUCGAGCCACGUCGACGGCAACUUGGUGGAUAAUGUAGCGGAGAGUGGCGAGGAGUCAGAAGACGAGUGGAAUUACUUCAAAGGCGAAGGUGAACGGGAGCAGAUCCCUAGCGAGGAGGCUGACGACCCACCACGGUCAGACACGCCUGGUCAAGAUAAUUCUGCCUGGGAAAGUAGUUCAGUAGACAUGAACAGCUCACCUCUGAACCCGGACGCACCAGUGUUUGUGCCUGGUGGAGUAGCUGGCUCAGAUGUACUACUGGCAGAGUCUCCAAGGAAACCCAUGCCAAUGGACGACAUUGAGGUGCCAGAUGGUAACCAGUUCCAAAGCGAAGCUGUGGUACGACCAGCUGAAAUACAAGACAUGGAUAAUUGUGACCAACGUAAUGGGCACCAUAAUAUAUCAAUGGAAGGUGUAACAGAACACUUAAAUGGCAAUGAAAAGGAUGAGCUGGAGAGCUUAGGUUUUGGAUUUAAUGUAGGAAUUGAGCAGGAGAAGAAAAAAGACACAACUCUCAUACACGACUUCGAAAGAAUACAAAAGGAUACCACAGACUUUUGUAAUAUUCAGGUGUUCCAAGCACAUACAGAAACAAAUCCUUUCAACACUGACGGUGAUGAUGAACUAUUUGAAAGACUUAAAAACAAAGAAAGGGACCCAAUGAGUAUGAGCUUUUAUCAGGAAAAAGAUGACGACACUUGCGAGCGCUUUGGAAAAAUGGAGCCAUGUGUUGAUCUCAAUGCAGUUCAACCUCUUCCUGACAGCGACGAUGAAGAUAUGCAACCCAACGGAAUAUAUCAAAGUGAAGACAAGGAAAAUGUGUGUCCAAGAGAGAAAUCAAACUUUUUCAAUUUAGAAGAAGAUGGCCAGGAACCAAAUAAUGAUAUAAUGAGAUUUGAUGAUGUCUCUGCUGAUACCCUAGCAAACAACAUUACAAAUUUAGAUAAUUUCAUGGACUUCAAUGUUAACAGUGCAAGCAACAUCCAAAAUGAUUCCAACACAGAGUUUGAAUGCAACAUUCAACUGGAAUCAGUUGCUCAAACGGAUACACCUGAAUCUCACAAGCUUCUUUUUGAGCAAAUACCAGAAAUACCAGAUGGUAAAAGUUCCGAAUUAGGAUUUACAAAUGAAGAUUUGUUGGAUCCUUCAGAGAGUGAAAAAGAUGUGCGAGCUAUCACACCACAAGACGAAACCUCACAGGACAUUGAAAUGGAAAGUAAACAUGAAGAGUCACCAUCAGAAGAAGUCCAACCAGAAAUAUCUGGUGAAGUUAAAGAUGAUCUGGUCAAAUCAGAGCACCAGGAUAUUUCAGAGACAACAAGCGAUCAGGUAGAACAGCUAGAUAAUAUUGAAAAUGAAAUUAUCACAGAAUCUGAGACCACACCAGAUCUAGAAGAAAAGCCAAUAGAACAGUUUUCUAAAUCUCCAGAGAUGGCUCACGGAAAUGUCAUUGUCGAUGUUCAUAAAAAUCCUGAACCAGAAAUAAAUAAUUUCGAUGGUUUUGAAGCGGAAGACGAUAAUGAUAUGGCUCAUGGCGAUAUAAAAGAAUCAUCAGAAUUUGACGUAGACAGUGAAAUAAGACUACAAGCUGAACAAGAAAUAGAUAAUUUACAAGCUCCCGUAUCGCAGAUGCGAAAUGAUUCCCUAGUACAUUCCCCUGCGCUAAGCGGGCCUUUAAUUAUGAGUGAUUCUCCUUUGUGUGCGUCGCCCGCUCCAAAAAACGAUGUUAUGCGGGAGUCUCCAGCGCCACAAGAUACUGCUCUGCCUGAAACUUCUCCACUGCCUCAAGAAGUGGCAGUGCAUCCAGAAUCUCCAUUUCCGCUGGAGUCCCCAGUACCCUCUGAAUCACCAGUUCCCAGUACUAUUGCACAUGUCGAUACUCUAGAAGCAACGGAGUCGCCUCUUGCAAAAUCACCAUUACCCACAGAAUUGGAAGAUUCAGAGCAUAUUGCACCGGCAAUGUCACCACUGUUGACACAGUCACAAUUACCUACGAAAGAUGCUCUUGAGCCUCUAGUACCAGCUGAAAUUCCAUUACCUCAGGAGUCCCCACUACCGUCUGAAUCUCCCUUACCAGAUGAUGCACAUGUCGCGGAUUCAAAUGUGUUAUCUAAAUCACCUUUGCCAAGCAAGCCAGUUAAAAAACAUCCAUCUGGCCUUGACCGUGAAACGAGGAGGCGAAUCAAAUUACGAACUAGGCAGAAAGUAGAGGCACAACUUUCGUUACUUGAUAGUGAUACAAUGUCAGAUUUUGACAGCACAGAUUCAGACACUGCUUCAGACAUGGAAUUACCAGUUGACAGCUCAAUUGAUCAAAGAGAUACACAAAUUGAGUCUCAAAUAAAGUCACAGAUAGAUUCCCAACAAAUAUUAGAGUUUGAACGAGGAACGUUUGUACCAGAUAAUAUACAACAAGAGUCUCCUAUUGCAGUUGACAAUGUUGAGUCGCAACAAAACGUAGAAGAACCAAUUCACAGGUCGCCUCUUCCAGUAGAGCAAAAUAUUGAGGAAACUUUCUCAAGAGAACAACAUCAAGAGUUAUCUGCUGUGAUGCAAGUAGCAGAUGAAACAAGUGCGCGCUCCCAGCCUCCCAGUGAAUCUCCAUUACCUAUAGAAACAUCACUUCAGGAAGCUAUUCAUAUCGAACCUCCAGUGUGUGAACAUCUAAGAGAUUCGCCUUUACCUAACGAAACACUUACAGAUUCUCCAUUGCCCGUCGAACAACCAGUUUCGCUUUUGCCUGUCGAACCGCUUAGAGACUCUCCUUUGCCGAUCGAAUCGAUGAGAGAUUCACCUGUGCCGGUCGAACCGAUCAGAGAUUCGCCUUUGCCUGUUGAACCACUUAGAGAUUCGCCUCUGCCUGUUGAACCGCUCAGAGAUUCACCUUUACCAGUUGAAUUAGCAGAGACUGGGCUUUUACCUAUGGAAAAGGAGCGACCUGAAAGCGUUUCGCCAGCGCCCGUAGAAACGAUCACGUCUCUCAACACGAGCGCACCCGCCGAGACAGUAGCAGACACAUACAGUAUUGCACCCGCAGACCAGACGACAGAAGUCGGAACAUUAGCAUCCGCAGAGACGAUUGCCCCUGUUGAAGAAAUAGCUGUGGUUACGUCUUCGGCUCCGCUAAUUGAAUCCGAUUUCGAAGUAAUACCUCCCCAGGAGCCCGUUAUGAAAUCAGAACAGUUAUCUGAAAUCAGUGCUCCGGCCCCCGACAUCGUUCCCGAAGAGCGAUCACGCAACGAACUAGUUACAGAUAUAGAUAUUGGCAUUCCCGAAUUAAGAGCGCAGGAAAUAUGCGUGCCAGUUACUAGCGAAAUCCAACACGAAGACGCCGUGCGGCCCGGAGCUACGCCGCCGCUCACGCCCGCCGGCGGAGACGCUCCCAUCGCCGCCGCGGUCGCCGCCACGGCCGCUGUCGCAGCGACAGUCGUCGCCGCGGCCGCCAAGUCGAGUUCUCCCAAGAAGUCCCCCACGACGCCGACCGCGAAACUCGAUUCAAAGGCUACCCCGAAAACGACGGCCGCGCGGACGCCCGCAUCUACCAAACGUAUAUCCUCCGCUACCACUGCAGCGCGCUCUCCGGCCACCACCGCCGCCCGCACUCCCGCGGCGCGCACGCCCAUCGCCAAGGCAUCGCCGGCCGCCCCGCGCUCCGCCGCCAAGCCUAUUUCCUCGCCCGCCAAGACAGCCGUGCCUGCGAAGACGGCCGCUGCCGCCAAGCCCGCCAGCACUCUCGCCGCUAAGCCCGCCCCGCGAGCAGCCGCGGCAACCGCUCCGCGUACGACAACGGCCCCGCGAGCCCCGCCUGCACCGCGGCCGGUUCCAAAAGCGCCGGCUGCCAAACCCGCUACUGCACCACUGAAAGCGGUGGCCGCAGCAGCUAAAUCUACGGCAGCAGCGACGGCGAAGCCAGCUGCACGACCUCCGCCGAUAACGCGGCCACCCGCGAAGAGCGCUCCCAUUGCGCCGAUAACCAAACCUAAGGAAGUCAAACCCAAGGCUCCUGGGCCACCGCUGCCCAUGACAAAUGGAGACGUGAAGAUGACUGUCAAGGCGGCGCCGGCCGCGAGAGCGCCGAUCUCGCGCCCCGCACCCCGCGCCGCGCCGCGCCCUGCAGCCGCCGUGCCAGCCAGAACUGCAGCGCCGAAGCCCGCAGCACGUGCUCCCCUCGACAAGCAGAGCAAGGACCUCGCUAACAAGCGCAUCACCGCUAAGGCUGCGCCACCGAGGACCGUUACUCAUAAGGCCCCGGUCGGCAUCAAGGGCACCCGCGCAGUCAAGAAACUGGACAACAAGGAGAAGUCUGAGAAGGCGUUGACGAACGGCGCGAGCGACGAGUCGUGCAAGGCGCCGCCGAGCCCGCCCGCAGACUCGCUCCUGCCCGACGUAAUCGCGUAGGCGGCGACACCACGAUUCCUAUUAUUUUCCGCUUGAAUUUUGUGAUUUUCUAUAAGUGUAUAAUAGUUUUGGGUACUUCCCAUGUAUUCUGUGGAACAUAACGUCAUCACACUAAAUAACGGUAUUCUUUCUAGCGUUUCAACCCGGCUCAGUUCUCAGUGACGUCAUAGAUGGCAUCCUAAUUUAUUCUAAAUCAUUCAAAAUUCCAUUCCAAUUAUUCUCAAGUGAUGAAUUUUACGAUGUUAAUGUUAAAUGAUCUAUGUUAUGGCAUUUUGAGUUAUAUGUUCAAUGGAAGAAAUAAAUGUAUAAUUUUGUCCCAUGGGUCUAGAUGUCCACAGAACAAAUGAGAAUUACCCAUAGUUUUAAGCUGAUCGUUCAUUACAGCACGCGCGGAACAAAAAUUUAGUUUUCAGUGCGUGCAUCAAACGCAGUUUGCAGUACAUUAAAAGCGUUCCGUACACAACACAGCGUACCGUCACAAAUUCGAACAAAUUGUUAUUUCGUUUGACAUUCUCAUCGAGCGUACUGUUAUGUGUGAUCAGCAUUAAGGUCGCUCGUAGCGGCUAGUCGUUAGGUGCGGGAGGCGUCUCCCAUUUUUAUAUUAUAGACUUCGGCUUUUAGUGUAUGUAAGAGUACGUUGCGGCGAGCGGGGCGGUGUGCGACGAUGCGACAGAUGCGGCUCGACGCGCACCGCCCUGCCGGGGUUAUUAUCCACUGAUAAGUCUUUCGCAGAUUGCAACAAGAGCCGCACGCAAUAAAUUCUUCGCAAUGAAAAAUACUUUGCGUACACCUCUUGGGGCGAUGUGCGAUGAACAUUUAUCCACUGAGAAUUUUUAUAUUACCAACGAAUGAUUGAUUUUAAAUCUGGCUUUUAAUUUAUUUUCUUUGUAUAACCGUAUUAUUUAAAUAAAAAAAAUGUGAAGAAGGA